AUGUCUAAAUGGCACCGGCUGCGUCUGCCAGAAGACACUCCGGCGCUUCUCGUUCAAUACUCAAACACGCGUCAGGGCUAUGAAAUCUACAUGACGGAUUUCAUCUCCGUCUGGUCGGAACGGCUAUCGCGCAAGGAUAUCCUCCAGAGAGCCGAACAAGAUGCGACGACGAUCGAUCCCAGCGAGGAUGUAGAGCAGCUUUCUGUGCUGCUGGGCAAGAUUGGAGAAGCCCUCCGUGGUACCGGGGGCACCACCACCCUUAGCAGUGGGUCCCGGGACACGCUUGAGCUCAUCACGAUAACGGAACUGCCUGCUCCGUUGAAGCCGUUGAAAUGGUCGUUUCAUGUGUCGAAAGAGCCUCCCGAGGCCUCAACGCAGCACUUGCUGCUCCCUCUGCUGAAAGAGGAGGCAGAUUGGGAGUCUCGCCAGCGGUCUCUCCUCGACCAGCUCAAGCAGAAAGAUUGGGUGCUCGGCAAGCUAUUUGACAAGAUCGAAAGUCUCGGCGUCGACCUUGGGACUGUGUUUCCCAGUGCAGCUGGUUUGCACACAGCUCGGAAGGACGAUACACGGUCUGCGACGGCGAAGGCUAUCAAGGGUGUUGCCCCGUUUGACGAGCAUGUAUGGUUGGCCGAGAGCCACAGCACGAGGCUAGCUGCCAACUUUGUGCAAGAGAUUCGUGCGUCUGAGAAAGCUGGCAAUCUCGACAACCUCAAGUUGCCUCAGGGUAAAUGGUGGGAGAAACUUCCGCCACACCCCACAACUACAGCUUCAACAGGCCCUACAGAAAUGGAAAAAGAUCAUGGCAAGCUUUCGAAGCUUCAAUCAGCCGAGUCUCAAGAUGUCGAGACCGACGUGGGAAGUGAAGAUGAGGACUUCCAGCGACAAGAAACGCCCCCUCAAUUAAGGAGACAAGAAGUCAAGCCGAAAUUAAAAAGGCCGGUACCAUCUCCCCGUGCAUCCGCCACAGAUGCAGACGAAGCUACAGCUACAGAAUCCGAACAUGAAGCUGAACCGGCACCACGACGCAGACGCACUCCCAUAACAUCUCCUCCACUGAAGCCAUCAGCACCUCCGCCCCAACCUCGAGAAAUGCAUAAAAAGCCUCGGGGCGGCUUGGGUGUUAUAGGGGGCAAGAAGAAAAACGAAACACCAGCACCGGCACAUCCCAAGCCCGCGGAAAGUAAGAUUCGUGACGCGACAACUUCAUCCACCGUCACAAAAAUCGCAAAACAAUCCAAGAAACUGGGUAUGAUCGGCGGCAAAGCCAAAGCCAAUGCUCCCAGCAAGACAGAAUCGGCACCGGAACCUGGUGCUGGGCCAUCUCCGCUAAAGAAAGCAGCAAAGCAAGAGACCCCCAUCCCACGGAAAGCGGCACAACCCAAAUCUAAAGAAGCUCCAUCUAUUCCUCCUCUUCCUUCACCUUCAGCACCGCCAACUCCUGAACCUGAGACAGAGGAAGAGAAGGCCAAUCGCAAGCGAGAGGAACUGAGGCGACAGCUACAGGAGAAGAGCGAAGCCCCUGCAAAGAAGAAGCGGAGAUUCUAA